AUGGCUUCUUCUUCCUCUCUCUGCCCCAGACAGCUCCCCACCCACCGCCCCUCUCUCUCCAAAAUCGUCACUGCCGACCUCUUCCUCGGGUCGCGAAACCCAAAUUUUAUCUCCCUUCGGCGUUCUUCUUUCAAUCCUAACAGUGCUUGUGCUUCAAAUGCUGAUCAACUGCGGUUGAGGUUUAGGGUUUCGGCUACUUCAGCAGCUCAGGUGAUGGACCAGUCACCGAGGAAGACGAGCUCGGGCGUUCCAACUAUCGUCGAGGUCGAUCUGGGGACCCGGAGUUAUCCGAUCUAUAUCGGAUCUGGCCUUCUUGAUCAGCCUGAUCUUCUCCAGAGGCAUGUUCAUGGCAAGAGAGUUCUUGUGGUCACUAACACCACUAUUGCACCAUUUUACCUGGAUAAAGUUGUCAGUGCUCUAACUGUCAGUAAUCCUAAUAUUUCAGUUGAGAGUGUAAUUUUACCAGACGGUGAAAAGUACAAGGACAUGGACACUCUCAUGAAAGUCUUUGACAAGGCUAUUGAGUCACGGUUGGAUAGACGUUCUACAUUUGUUGCCCUUGGUGGUGGUGUUAUUGGUGACAUGUGUGGAUAUGCUGCUGCCUCCUUUCUCCGAGGAGUUAAUUUCAUCCAGAUUCCUACUACUGUUAUGGCCCAGCCUCAAUGUGUGCUUGUAGAUACUGACACGCUGAAUACGUUGCCAGAUAGAGAAUUAGCAUCAGGGCUUGCUGAGGGACCACCGAUGCACUUGCUUAUGCUAUCAAGCGAUCAUGUGAGAACAAAGCUGAGUGUAGCUCAAAUGAAGUUCCGUAUCAUAAAAACAGUGGGCGGCCAUAGAAACUGGAUUUGGAUAUGGGGUGGCUUCAUGGAGAAGCUGUUAGCAGCUGGCAUGGCUAAGCUACCUACUGCCCCUCCAGAAACAAUGACAGUUGAGAUGUUUAAGUCUAUCAUGGCGGUGGACAAGAAGGUGGCUGAUGGUUAUUAA